CAAGAAUUAUGCUCAGUUUUAGAACAAAGAAACCUAAAUAUUACACCGAUAUAUCAGAAUAAUUUUACUUGAGUGUGAUUUAACAUAAGGUAAAGAUUUGAAUGCCUGACCUGAAAGUGUGUGUGCGUGUGUAUGCGUGUGUCCGUUGGGGGGUGUUGACUUUCACAUGACAUUGACGCUCUGGAAAUGUUGAGUAGCUGCUGAUCUCAGACAGUCGUUGCUCGGUGGAUUCAGCACCACUCGCCCGUGGACAGCUCCCGCAGGACCGCUUUACAUGGACAGAAGGCUCAUUUACGUGCCAAGACAUUCUGGAAGUUUACAACUUGGAGAGGAAUCUACGGAUACCUCACUGCAUGACACACUGGAAUAUUGCUUUUGGGAAAGAAGCCAAAUUCACUGUUAACUGAAACUGGUUUGAUCGGGUGUUUGCGUGGUGGAUCUCUGCUGCUGUCUGAAAUCAGAGACAUGGCGACAAACAACACCAAAAACACCGAUGGACAAGUUGUGACGGAACUCAACGAGAUCACAACUAACGACAAACCCAAAGCGGAGGACGUCAAACCAGAGAAAAAGAAGAAAGACAUCCCAGACAGAGAAACUUGGGGUGGGAGAUUUGAUUUUCUCCUGUCAUGUGUGGGCUACGCCAUCGGACUGGGCAAUGUGUGGAGAUUUCCUUAUCUGUGCGGGAAAAACGGCGGAGGGGCUUUCUUGAUUCCUUAUUUUUUGACGCUUAUUUUUGCUGGAGUCCCUCUAUUUUUUCUUGAAUGCGCUCUUGGACAAUACACAUCCAUUGGCGGCCUUGGGGUUUGGAAACUAGCUCCAAUGUUCAAAGGUGUUGGUCUUGCGGCUGCUGUUCUCUCAUUCUGGCUGAACAUUUACUACAUUGUCAUCAUUUCCUGGGCAAUUUACUACUUAUACAACUCCUUUACCACUGAGCUUCCAUGGACAUCUUGUAACAAACCAUGGAACACAGACAGAUGUUAUACAAACUACAGCAUAGUAGACACCACCAAUCUCACCAGCGCUGUCAUGGAGUUUUGGGAACGCAAUGUGCAUCAAAUGACUGAUGGCUUAGAAAAACCUGGUGAAAUUCGUGCGCCACUUGCAAUAACACUGGCCAUUGCCUGGGUCCUUGUGUACUUCUGUAUCUGGAAAGGUGUUAGCUGGACUGGAAAGGUUGUUUACUUCUCUGCCACCUACCCAUACUUCAUGUUGUUCAUUUUGUUUAUCCGUGGAGUGACCCUGCCUGGGGCUAAAGAGGGAAUCAUGUUCUAUGUCACUCCUGAUUUUGAGAAGCUGAAGGAGUCUGAGGUUUGGCUGGAUGCUGCAACACAGAUUUUCUUCUCCUAUGGUUUGGGUCUAGGCUCUCUUAUUGCUCUGGGCAGCUACAACCCUUUCAAUAACAAUGUGUACAGGGAUUCUAUCAUUGUGUGCUGUAUAAAUUCCUUCACAAGUAUGUUUGCUGGAUUUGUGAUUUUCUCUAUUGUGGGCUUCAUGGCACAUGUGACAAAGAGAUCCAUAGCUGAUGUAGCUGCAUCAGGUCCUGGUUUGGCAUUUUUAGCUUAUCCAGAAGCUGUGACGCAGUUGCCCGUCUCACCACUGUGGGCUAUUCUCUUCUUUUCCAUGCUGCUGAUGCUGGGAAUCGACAGUCAGUUCUGCACAGUGGAGGGCUUCAUCACUGCUCUGGUGGAUGAAUUCCCACGGCUGCUCAGGAAAAGAAGAGAGAUUUUCAUUGCAUGUGUUUGCAUUGUAUCCUACGCCAUUGGGCUGUCCAAUAUCACACAGGGUGGCCUCUAUGUGUUUAAGCUCUUUGACUAUUACUCAGCCAGUGGAAUGUGUCUGCUCUUCUUGGUGUUCUUUGAGUGUAUCUCAAUCUCCUGGUGCUAUGGUGUGAACAGAUUUUAUGAUAACAUCCAGGAAAUGAUUGGAUACAAGCCUUGUCUAUGGUGGAAACUGUGCUGGGUUUUCUUCACCCCUCUAAUUGUCGCUGGCGUGUUCCUCUUCAGCGCGGUGCAAAUGGUUCCUCUUACAAUGAACAACUAUGUGUUCCCUAAAUGGGGGCAAGGAGUAGGCUGGCUCAUGGCUCUGUCCUCUAUGGUUCUCAUACCUGGUUACAUGGUCUAUAUGUUCCUCACCCUGAAGGGAACAUAUAAAGAGCGGAUCAGGAUAAUGCUGCAGCCUCCAGCAGUCAAGCGUGCUCAGGAGAAUGGGCCAGAGCAACAGCAGUUGCAGACACAGCCACAGCACCCGGAGCAAUCACUGCAGCAAUCACCGCCACUAGUGCAGCAACCUGACCCAGUACCACAGCCACCACAAUCACCACAAGCACUGCAACAACCGCCGCAGGCUGAUAGUUCCUCUUCGACUAACCCUGGCAAUGAUGCCAACGUUUAAAACAAGUAGAAGUGAACCCCAGCAGAGAGCAAUCAAAGAUUAACAACACAGAAGACUUCCAUGUUUAUACAGUAAUAGAAUCAUCUACCUCCAGGGGUCAUACAUAAUCAAGCUAAACAUUAAAAAAAUUAAAAAAAAUAAUAAAAAAUAAAUAUAUAUAUAUAUAUAAGAACACAAACACAAAAACCCAUGCAUUUGAAAAACCUACACAGAUUUUGUAUGUUCUUCAAAUGUGAAGCAAAACGUGUCAGUGUUAAAUUACUUGUACUAUGUAUAUUGUGAAUUUGUCUCUACUAAGGUUAUACUGUGAGUUAGAUUUAAGGACAGUGCGUUGUUUGGCAAUGCACAAGCUGUUUAUGUGAGGUAUGUACUGUUUCUAUGUUGCACUGGGGACAAAGUGGGAGUAUGAGAAACUGGGCGAGAUUAUGUUACAUUCUGGGUCAUUUGGGCAAACCAACGUGUAUCAAGCAAGCCCUGUGUCUAAAGCACAAAGAAUUUUAGAGCCCUUGGGUGACUCGUCAUGUGUUGUUGAAUAUAUUUGUUGAGAAAGACUGUUACUAUUUAGUUUUUCAUGAGAAAAUGCUUGUAUGUGAUGAAAACAUUUUUAGAAUUAUUUUUAGAAUGCUUUGUACUUUAAUGUUGAGACCAAGGACCAAAAUCAUAGACUUAAGCAAAAACAAAUAUAUGCCUGCCAAUGUGUAGUAUGUAAAGCACAGGGUACAAAAUAAUAAUAAUUAAAUAAAUAAUAAUAAUAAAAACAAAAUGGAAGCAUUGCAAAACAUAGGGUGAACAUUUUUGCUGAUUAUACAUAUUAUUGAUGAGUACUGUCAAUCCAGUGUCCUGUUUACAUGUCCCCUCAGGAAUAAAAAAAAAAAAAAAAAAAAAAGUUUUUUUUGUCUCUACCCUGAGUGCAUAUCAGCUCCUUAAGCCUGUGAUUAAUGUAGUCGUGAUUUGCAUGACCAUUAGUUACUUAAUGUGCCAAAACAUUGAAUACAGUAGGUGCAGUGCUUAAACAAAACAGGAACGCGCACAAACUGGCCACUCCAUAACAACGGUUUACACUACUUGAUUGUGCCAUACUUUUUUGAAAAAGUAUAUAAAAUAUUUCUACCAUAUAAUAGUUAUACCAUAUUUGAAGUAGCACAAAACUAAAAUACAUGAUGGUGUUUUGACCCUUUUCCCCAAAAAAGCACAAAACGUACAAGUACAGUGACUUCUCCAACACUAGGGCAAUGAUGUGGUGACAGUUUGUGUCAAAGGCAGCUACAGUACAUGCGAAAAGCGUUUGGUCACGUUAAACAUGUUUACUAAGAGGAGAUACGUACCUACAUAAAAUGUGAAAUGGCUAUGUCCUUUGAAUUUUGUACAAAGUUAUUUUACUGCAGUUUUAUCUGGAACUUUGUUGUAAAAUUGUAUUGUGUAAAACAUGUAACCGUGAAUGUCUGUACUCCAUUAUUAUGUUUUUGUCUAAAUGUUGACAUAUCUGAAAAACAAUUGCUGUUUUCUGCAAUAAUAUUUUGAUCUCUGAAGCACAUAUCUAAUGAAAAUUAUGAGUGAAGAUGAUUAUACAAAGGAUUAUAAAUCAAAUAGAAUUUAUGUCUCGUAAGAAAUAAUGCUGUUUUGUAUAUUUUUAACUGUUACACUGCCUAAAAUUAUAACCUCGGACAUGUAUUUAAAUGGUGUCAUGCAAAAAAAAAACAAACAAAAAAAGCACGAUUGUUAUGUAAAAUGUAUGAAUAAACAGAAAAUAUUCGUAGUCUAUAA